GUAAACGCCUUUUGCCUGCAGGAAGCGAAAGCGAGGCCGAAUCAUCUUCUUCCUCUUCCUCUUCAACCCUAGCAAAGGAAUCUGCGGAGUGCGGGAGAUUGACGGGUCCGAAUCCAUCGCCAUGGAGACAGCAGCACGCAGAAGCGGAGGGGGCCUCUCCGAGACCUUCUACCGGAUGAUUAUGCGCCGGAACUCUGUGUAUGUUACCUUCAUCAUCGCCGGUGCCUUUUUCGGAGAGCGGGCCGUAGAUUAUGGAGUCAAGAAAAUAUGGGAGUACAACAAUGUCGGGAAGCGGUAUGAAGACAUCCCAGUUUUGGGGCAGAGGCCCACAGAAGAGUGAAUGUUCAAUUUCUCCAAUUUGAUAUUUUGAGGGCCAUGUGUUUUAGAUGCAUGCAGUGCAUCUUUCAUUCUUGUAAUAAGUUUGGCAGAACUUAAAUCUUCAAAGACGGUCUCGACUAUUAAAAUGAGCAGACAGGGUCUUGACUUGCUGUUAUGGGAAACCAACAGUUCUCUAAUUAUGAGCUGCUUUUUUAUUAUUCUUCAAUGAUCAUAUGUUGUUCAAGUGUUUUCUCUGA